GGAGAUGGAAGAUGGCCGCCCAGCUCGUUGCCAUGGCUACAGGAGACCGGCGCGUCUAGAUAAGCUAGGGAGGAAGUUGCUUAGAAAGGUUUCAAGCAUGUUUUGUGUCUCUAUGGUGCAAGCCCUUUCAGGCCCCGCCUUCUUGUGUGCAAGAGCGGAGAGAGGCGCUUAGACGCCUGCAUGGAUGCUGUUGGGUAGCCAGCCAUUUCCUGGACAACACCUGUAAAAGGCCCCCCCCCCCCUUGGUGCUUUGUAGACUCCCCAGAAACAUCUGUUAGUCCCUGUGGGACCAGCAUAUAGGUGGUGAUGCCAAUCCAGGUGACAACUGUGGCCUCUGGAACUCCAAUGGAUGCUGGGAAGAGGCAAGUGGGGACCAAGGAUGGCAGGGAUGCCAGCACACUGGGCGACGGGUGGGCGAGCGAGAACAAACAGGAGAAUCCUCUGCUAGAAAAUCCUGGCCAACUGAAGCCUGCCUGCCAAGAAGACGGAGAGUCAGCUGCAAAUUGGAAUGGAUCAGAGAGAGGAAGGGGAUGCUGCCUGGAAGAGAGCCCAGCCCAUUCUGGCACAACGGCUCUCCAGCAAAGACGGCUCAAAGACAACAAGUGGCACAAGUGCUUCCGACAGAGUUCCUCGUUCACGUGCCAUCUGAGAAUCCACACAGAGGAGAGACCGUUUGAUUGCUCCACCUGCGGGAAAGCCUUCGCUAUGUGCUCAGACCUUACAAAACGUUAUAGGACCCAAGCUUGGAAAAGUCCUAUAAGUGCCCCGAAUGCGGGAGGAGAUUCCGCCGCCACUCCUCUUUCGCCAACCACCUGAAAAGCCACAGAGGAGAGCUGCCGUUCAGAUGCUCAUACUGUGGGAAAUCCUUCAGCGUGAGCACAGUACUGCAGCUUUACCGCUCUGUGCCACGGGGCUCAAAAAAGCAGUUGCUGUAGAAAGCUAAAUUUAAAAAGCCAAUUGCUAGUAGCAGGUUAAUGGGAUGGCAUAUUUGCCGCGUGAAAUUCACAGUGAUUUAUUAUGAAGUAGCGCAUCUUUUUGUUCUUGUUCCCUUGAUGGUAACAAAUGUUCCGUUUGUGUCAUUCAGAGCUUGUUGAACAGGUGACUUAGGAUUCCAUCCUGCUGAGAUAAAGUCGCUCCAUUGUUGGCAUUAUCCAGCAACACU